CCAGUUCGCUCCUUUGAUGCGUGCUCGAGGGGCCGUCCCUCCUCCGAGAAACUGUGAUAACGUGUAACGAGAACGUGAAAAGGAAGAGAGGAGGCGGCGGGACUGCCGGUAUAAUAAAAGUGAAAACUCGUUCUCCGGUGUCGUGGUUCGGCUUCUUCGACGGUGGAAAGAGCCCGGCGCGAUAUACCGACGACCCAUCGCCACCAGAGCCUUCUUGGAUAUUUCGGAGCCGCAGCGUAGUAUAUCUCGGUUGGAUCUCGAUCGAAGCAGGGCCAGCAGCACCAGUGGCGAGUCCCCGUGAUGCCACCGCCGCCGAUUGUUUGGAAUCGUUAGCAACGGGCCCCGAAAAAUGGCCUCGAUCUUGGGAGACGGGACGGACCCGGGGGGCUCGGGGCCCUCCCGAUGCCUGUUGCUCUUGCAAAGGUCCCUCGCGAUCCAGCUGACCAGGGGCCCGCCUCCGCAGGUCCUCAACGCCAGCCAACGCGAGAGUCCCAAGGAGCAUCCAGCCGACGAGAUGUGGAUGUACGAUAAAGGUUACAAUUUGUUUCAGAGUUUCUUGGAGGCGAACUCGAAAUGCUGGUGGAACGCAGCCCUGGUGGACGCAACCCGGCAACUCAGGUACAAGGGCCACGUGUCACCCGGCGUGCUGAUGGUCGGCGGACCACCCUGUGCCCUCGAGGUGUUGAGGGCAGCCUGGGCUAGGAACGUCCUGCGACCACCGGCCGAUCACGCGAUAACUUGCCUCGGCGAUAUCGAGGACUGCCUGGUUGCCCCGGUGGCCCAAGGGCAAUUCACGCCGCUACCGGAAGCUCUUUGUUGGGCCAUUUUGGAGUUGACUUCUCAGAGGCAAGCUGCCACUCUGGACACGCUCAGAUCCGCCCUGAGGAACGCGUUUCCAGCCAUGCAGAGACCAAGCCGCGAAUUGGUCUACGACGCCCUCGCGAAACUGAUGCAAGAGAGAAAGAUCUAUCACACGUCGCAAGGUUAUUUCGUGGUUACGCCCGAGACGAGGAGGCUUAGACGCGACACGAGCAACUCGAGGAGAUGUUCCAGAGAGGUGAGCGGAUCGAGAGGUCAGGGUAGCAUGCUCAUGUCCAACGACGAGGCCAUGGCGCUCGUACACGGCGAGAUGCUAACCCUGAGGGACGGCGACGUGACGCAUCAAGCUGUGCAGACGAAUCUGGCAGACGUUAUUUGCGGAGGUAAUCCCAACGACAAAGUUCUGUUCGCAAGAUGUCGAUCGAUGCCGGGUCGCCUGGAGAGGCGACAUUCUCUGCGACUUUGGGGAUCCGCCAGACGUUUACACAGAAGCGGAAGUUCACGGUCUUUGCCACGAAGGCCGGAAAGAAGCGACACCUCGUCGAGCGCGGAAUACGCGAGCACAGACAGCGCGCCCCAUAGCCCAACCAGUUUCUCGGGGAUUUUUUCAGAGAAAAUAGGUCUACUCUCGAGGCUGUUCCGACGCAGUACGCGAAGAAAGGGUGCACCGUUAAUGGGCACGUUCAGCGCCCAGUAUCCUCCUACCGAGUGGUUUAAUCCACGCGUCGUUCACCUACACAGCGUAGCCACGCAAACGAGAGCCGCUAGCCCCUCGAUGAUGGAGGGUCUAGAUCAAUCGCAGGCCAGUUUCCAAGUAUGGGAUGAUUCGAGCUCCGUGCGAUCCGCCACACUGCCCAGGCGACAUCGACGCCAGGCAAGCGGCGAUUCCUCUAGUUUAUUGGCGAACUCGACGCCAAGGAGUUCCAGACGACAUCGAUCACCCUGUUCGACACUGCCCAGAUCAAAGUGCUCCAGCCUGAGCAGAUGCACGUCCAGAGCUUCUGUCCUUCCCCCAACAACGAACCAAGAACCGUAUCAGACGCGCAAUCAAACGCAAAACGGGAAAAAUUCGGCCAACUCGUCGCCGAGUCGAAGCGGCGGAAGUUCCGGAUCCGUCAGAACGACGAACGCGAGCCCGGCGAAAACGGCCACGUUGGGCAGAUCCAGCACGAGACAAUCCAACUCCAGACGACCCAGCCAUGAUUCCACUGGCAGCGGUACGAAAUCAAACGGAUCGCCUCAGCAUAAGGUGCUACAAAAGACAUCGUCCGGCCACUCGUCCCACUCCAGUGGAAAAUCGAUUUCGAGCGGGAAACUCUCGUCAUCGCCGUUGAAAACGUCCACGUUACCAGCGAAAUCAUCCCCGCUGAAAAUGGUUCAACAAGGAUCCCUGACACCUCUACAGGAGGCGCAGAAUUCGAUAACUCUGCAAGUAUCGACGAAUCUAACGCCGGUCAGCCCAUCGCAAGAUCAGCAUCGCUCGAUCCAGAACAGCGUGACGCUUGCCUCGAACGCAACGAGCACGACAACCAUCUCCGGCUCACCCGGCACAAAGAUCUACGUUCAACAGAAUAACUCUCCAAUGAGAUCGGUGAUCACGUUCGAGAACGGCACGGUGAAGACGAAAUUGGCCGACAAGGAGGCGAUGGAUUGCAAGGAGAAACAGGAUCGCGAAUUGAUCACCGAGAAACUCUACAAAAGCAAGAUAGACGAGGAGAAGCUGUUCAAAUCGAAACUCGACGAGGAGAAGUUGAACAAGUCGAGCAAGAUCGAACGUCCUUCCUCCCUUUACGCUUCCAAAGAAUCGAAACCGAGCCACCUGUUGUCGGAGUCCGAUAAAGAGAACAAACCAAAGGUGGAGGAGGAAGUGCCUAACAAAUUGAAACUGACGAAUCGGCUGAACAACAGCCAGGCGCAUCUGAUAGACGGAUCGACCAACAACAUAGACAAGAAUUCACUGGUCAACGAGCAAUCAAGCAUGAAGAACACGAACGACGCCAUGAACAACUCGAGAAAAUUGAGUCUAUCGUUAUCGAAGGACGCUUUGAGCUACAGGAACCUUCUCCGUCCAGGUUCGAAGAAUAACAUAGCGUCGAAUCCACCCUCGCCCACAAAAUCUUACGACGGUUUCGGUGGAUCGUUCAACAACGUCUAUAUAGAGAAUCUCGAAGCUACGAAACAGCAGAGAGCGCCUCAAGGCUCGGAACCGAACUUGGAGAAAACGGUCAGUCGAGGAGAUCUGUACACGUAUCCGAGUUUGAGCGACAUGCAGGUUCAAUUCACCAGCCUGGCGGCGCAAAAGAUUCUGAAAGGUUGCCCCAUCAACAGCGUGGACACGUUGGUCGAGGUCAAUAUGGCGGCUGCGGAGAAGCCGAACAACUGCGACGUUACUGUUCACACCGACUUUGGACUCGUUUAAAAUUUUCAUCGUUCUUUUUGAUCGGGAAAACUUGGCUUGGUUCUCUCCACGCGUCUUUUUCGUACAGUGAAAGGUUGAACUUUAGCACGAUGAACUUGUCGGUAUCUCGUAUGCUUGCGUCGUGGUAGAAAUGUUAAAUAGCAAACGGAUGAACGCUGUACUGCUUAAGCAUAUAGAGAGAAUUGUAAACAGUUACCAAUAAUAAAUAAAUAAUUUGUUAUGCUCAUCGAGUAUAUACAUAUAUAAAUAUAUGUAUCGCACGAUCGCAUGUUAUCUCUUUAACCCGACAACAGUUUAUUACGAUCCGAUCAUUCAUGUUAAACCAUCGAUUAUCAUCCAGAUGAUUCUCGACACAUUGUGCUUCCAUUGAUCAUCUAUAUGCUUACGCGGAUAAUAACGUUCGAUAUAAUAUUGUAUAAAAUAAAAUCCCAGCCAUUCCACGGAGAAUAUUCAGUUAGCUUAUUCAUAGUUGGUCAGAGCUCAAUAAUCCGGCGAAAUAUAUUAUAUCCAAGCGAUAAUUUUUAUUCGCGUGAUAAUUUAAGUUACGGAUAUCUGAAUGCUCGUCGUUGCAUUGUCGUUGCUCUCAUCGUUCGUUCAUUGGCCAUUCUCAUUUUAAAA